ACGUGACCCUGGCGCUCGCGCCCCUCCUCUGAGAGUUCACGUUGAAUCGAGGAGGGCGGGGAGCCGGGAAGGGGAUCACGUGACAGGGGAAAGCAAGAUGGCGGACAGCGGGCUGUGCGCGAGGAGCAGCAGGGAAUUAUGGACCAUUCUGCUGGGCAGAUCGGCUUUGAGAGAACCAGCUCAGAUUGCAGAGGAGUUGAAUAAACAUUGGCAGAGACUGCUCGAAGGGCUUUCCUACUACAAGCCUCCCAGUGCAAGUUCAGCAGAAAAAGUAAAAGCUAAUAAAAACGUGGUUGCUCCACUGAAGGAGUUGGGCCUCCGAGUCAGCAAGUUUUUGGCUUUAGAUGAAGAGCAAAGUGUGCAGCUGUUACAGUGUUACCUUCAAGAGGAUUACAGAGGGACCAGAGACUCAUUGAAGACUGUUCUGCAAGAUGAAAGGCAGAGUCAGGCUCUCAUUUUGAAGCUUGCUGACUAUUACUAUGAGGAAAGGAUCUGUAUUCUUCGCUGUGUCCUGCACCUCCUCACUUAUUUCCAAGAUGAGAGACAUCCUUAUAUGGCCCAGUAUUCCCAGUGCGUGGAAAAGCUAGAUAAGGAACUGGUUCCUAAUUAUCGUAAACAAUUUGAAGAGCUGUAUAAAGCAGAAGCACCGACAUGGGAAACACAUGGGAGUCUAAUGACAGAGCGGCAAGUUUCCCACUGGUUUGUGCAGUGCCUCCGUGAGCAAUCCAUGCUGCUGGAAGUCAUCUUCCUUUAUUAUGCCUAUUUUGAAAUGGCAUCAGAGGAACUGCUGACUUUUGCCAAGCUGUUCAAAGACCAGGGGUUUGGUUCCAGGCAGACCAAUAGGCAUCUGAUUGACAAGAGCAUGGAUCCCCUUGUAGAUCGUAUUGGCUACUUCAGUGCCCUAAUUCUCGUGGAAGGCAUGGAAAUUGACUCUCUGCAUGAGCGUGUAUUGGAUGACAGGACAGAAGAGCAUAAAUUUGCUAGUAGUGGACAGGUCCGCCAGGAAAUGGACUGUCUGCUGCUAACUCUUGGGGAUAUCUCCCAUCAUGCUCCUGUCCUCCUGGCCUGGGCUUUGCUCCGCCAUACAGUGAGCCCUGAAGAGUCAACUGGUGUGAUUAGGCGAAUGGGAAGUGCUGCUAUCCAGCUGAAUGUAUUCCAGUACCUUACCAAGCUGCUUCGGUCACUAAGCAGUGGAGGAAAGAACUGUACUGCCAGCACAGCAUGCAUGUGCAUUUAUGGCCUCCUUUCCUUUGUCUUGACAUCACUGGAACUUCACACGCUAGGCAACCAGCAGACUCUGUUUCUUCUUCCCCAGGUUGCUCCGAUGUCUGUCUACGCCUGCCUCGGCAGCGAUGCUGCUGCCAUUCGCGAUGCCUUCCUGACGCGUCUCCAGAGCAAAAUCGAGGACAUGCGCAUUAAAGUCAUGAUCCUGGAGUUUCUCACGGUUGCUGUAGAAACACAGCCUGGGCUCAUUGAGCUGUUCCUCAAUUUAGAGGUGACAGAUGGGGGUGAGGGGUCAAAGGAAUUCAGCUUAGGGGAGUGGAGCUGCCUUCAUGUGGUCUUAGAGCUGAUAGACUCCAAACAGCAGGAAUGGUAUUGGUGCCCCCCACUUCUGCACCGAGCAGCAAUCGCCUUCCUCCAUGCCCUGUGGCAGGAUCGUCGUGAUAGCGCCAUGUUAGUCCUGCGGACCAAGCCAAAGUUUUGGGAGAACCUAACCAACCCGCUCUUUGGAACCCUUCCCCCUCCUUCUGAAACCUCUGAGCUCAGUGUCUUGGAUACUUGUGCAUUGAUCAUGAAAAUAAUUUGUCUGGAGAUCUACUAUGUGGUCAAGGGUUCUCUGGACCAGUCUCUGAAAGACACCCUGAAGAAGUUUGCCACAGAGAAGCGCUUUGCUUACUGGUCGGGCUACGUGAAGGCCCUGGCAUUCCAUGUGGCGGAGACAGAGGGCAGCGGCUGUGCCUCCAUGGCUGAAUACCAGAUGCUGAUCUCGGCCUGGCGGAUGAUGCUGAUAAUUUCCACCAGCCAUGCCGACAUAAUGCACUUGAGUGACUCUGAUGUCCAGCAGCUGUUUCUGGAUGUGCUGAGCGGAACCAAGGCUUUGUUGCUGGUCCCCACCUCCGUGUGCUGCCUCCAGCUGGGAUCCAUGCUGUGCACCCUGCUGUUGAUCCUGCUCAGGCAGUGGAAGAGAGAGUUGGGCUCUGUGGAUGAAAUCAUAAACUCCUUGACACAGAUCCUGGAUGGAGUGCUGCACGCGGAUCAGCAGCUAAUGGAGAGGACGAAAGCCAGAGUGUUCUCUGCUCUCAUCACGGUCCUGCAGAUGCAGGAGGUGAAAGUGAGUGAUAUCCCCCAGUAUUCCCAGUUGGUGUUGAGCGUGUGCGAGACCCUCCAAGAGGAAGUCAUCGCUCUCUUUGACCAGACCCGGCACUGCCUGACCCUUGGAGACUCAGUGGAUGAUAAGGACAGCAUGGAGACGGACGAUGCCGCCCGGCAUAAACAGAAGGACCAGCGAGAUGGGGUGUGUGUGCUGGGGCUUCACCUGGCAAAGGAGCUCUGUCAAGUGGACGAGGACGGCGAUUGCUGGCUGCAGGUCACUAGGAAGAUCCCGAUGCUCCCGACUCUCUUCACGACCCUGGAGAUCAGCCUCAGGGCAAAGCAGAACCUCCACUUCACAGAGGCCUCGUUACACCUGCUGUUGACCUUGGCCAGGACCCAGCAGGGGGCAGCAGCUGUGGCCGGGGCAGGAGUCAUGCAGAGCAUCUGUUUGCCUCUCCUGAGCGUGUACCAGCUCAGCAGCAAUGGGGCCGGGCAGGUGCCGGCUUCAUCCCGAAAGUCUCUGGAUGUCCCCUCCUGGCCUGGCGUCUACCGUCUCUCCAUAUCGCUGAUGGAGCGCCUUCUCAAGACCCUUCGGUACAACUUCUUGACAGAUGCCUUGGACUUUGUUGGCGUUCAUCAAGAGAGGAUCCUUCAGUGCCUGAAUGCCGUCCGGACAGUGCAGAGCUUGGCCUGCCUCGAGGAAGCAGAUCACACUGUGGGAUUCAUCCUUCAGCUUUCCAACUUCACAAAGGAAUGGCAUUUCCAUCUGCCUCAGCUCCUGAGGGAUGUGCAGGUGAACUUGUGUUACCUGUGCCAAGCCUGCACCUCCCUUCUGCAUAGCCGAAAAAUGCUGCAGCACUAUCUGCAGACCAAGAACGGGGAGUCCCUGCCCUCCGCUGUCAUGCCUCGGGUCCAGCGUGCUCCUCAGGCCUCCACGAAGCCCCCAAGCCCGGCGACAGAGGCUGCAGAGCAGAAGGCGCUGCGCAUGGUGCAGUACAGCCUCCUGAAAAUCCUCAGCAAGUCCCUUGCUGCGUUGCGCCAUUUCACCCCCGACAUCUGCCAGAUCCUCCUUGACCAGUCGCUGGACCUGGCCGAGUACAACGUUCUUUUUGUGUUGAGCUUUACCACUCCAGCCUUUGAUUCAGAAGUUGCUCCAUCUUUUGGGACCCUCUUGGCCACUGUCAAUGUGACCCUCAAUAUGCUAGGGGAGCUGGAUAAGAAAAAGGAGCCCUUCGCUUCACCAGCAGGACCGGCUACCCAGCAGGAGGGAAACAAGACUCUCAAGUCUUUGCUUAUGUUUACAAUGGAAAACUGCUUUUACCUGCUCAUCUCCCAAGCGGUCCGCUAUUUGAAGGAUCCAGCCGUGCACCCCCGCGACAAGCAACGGAUGAAGCAAGAACUCAGCUCUGAACUGAGCACCCUUCUCUCCAGCCUGUCCCGCUACUUCCGUCGUGGGGGCCCGUCGUCUCCCGCCAGUGGCAUUCUCCCCUCUCCACAGGGGAAAUCUGCUUCCAAGCUAGGGCCGGAGGGCCAGGAGCCCCUCUUCCAACUGGUGCAGGCCUUCGUCAGACACGUGCAAAGAUAAGAAGAGCUCCUUUGUGACGGCUGCUGGAGUCGGGCAGAUUCUGCGUGGCCUUUGCCAGAAGGGCAUCAUUGCAAGAUGCCUCUGCUCUGUGUGUCAAGAGUAAACCCGGCUCCGCCUCUGUGCCGGUGAACCAAAUUCCUUAUUUUUUUAUAGCUGGCGACGAAGCCGGGAGGGAAAGAGGAAGGCGAAAUUGGCUGCAAGUGGGGUUUUUCUCUCCCUGCAUUCUGCAUCGACUACUGUAGUGCACAGGCGCGGCCUCUGGACAGUGACACGCAGCCAAAGGACUUUUUUUUAGUUACGAACUGGACCGGUCACUGCUCCGCUGGGUGGUAGAAUGCACGUGCCAUUUGCAGGCGAGAGAUUUCUCUGAAGAGCAGCAUCUGCUCGCUUCCGCACCGACUCACCUUGUGCAGAAGAAAACGCCGUCACUCUCGGUCUCACGUUUUGUAUGAUGUGUUCCCUAUUUAUACUGAUUAAAACCAUUUCUAGGCAA